AUGGCGUGGCCGGACGCGGGGGCCCCGGGCCUUCCGGGCGUGACCCAGGGCUCGGGGGCGGGGAGGCCCCUCCGGCGGGGCGGCCCUGGGUGGUCCGGCAGAGGCGGAGGCCGCUCCGAGCCUGUGAGCCCUGGGCGCCUGCGGAGGCGGGGAGAGGGCGGGGUGUGCUGCCCUGCCACGCGGUCUCCCCGGCCGGGCCGGCAGAAGGAGCUGGUCCGUUACCAGAAAAAUCCAGAUGCAAAGUUGGGGGUCGUGCUGCCGCUUCCUGCCAGCGCACCGCACCCACCUGGGGCCGCCGCCGACCGGGCAGGACGCGCCUCCUACCCCCUAUUCUGGCCCGGCGGAGAGCUGGUGCCCCCAGCGGCCGCCCGCCCCCGUCCGCAGACCCCGGGGCCCCUGCUGAUUUGCAUUUGCCCGGAGCUGAGGGGGCCAGGGCCUUUGGAGGAAGCAUUGGCCUCCGGGCUGAAGAGCAAAGGCCGUGCCACCUGCCGGGAGGGCGGGUGUCAUCUCUGCAAGGGGGCAGACCCCUCGGCCAGGUCAGAGGAAGCAGCGGUGGGGAGACGGACUGCGCGCUGGGAGGCUCCACGCAUCGUAGGUUGCAGUGACCACCAGGAGAGGUGCCGGGCACUUUCCCACACAGGACAGAGCCGGACCAUCCUCACAGCCCCUGCCCAGCAGACGCUAGCCUUGUGGAGGGAGGCGGGCAGCAGGAGCAGUGCUUUCUGGGCCUCUGUGGCCAGAGCCGGCCCCGCUACAGCUCACUUCUGCCUGCAGCCCAGACAUCCUCCUGGUCCUCCUGAUGCCCCCGACCUCCACGGAGGAUGAGCAUUUCCAGCCCAGCCCUCCCCAUCUCCACCUCCCACUCCCGACACACAGGGAGCCUCCUGAUCUGUGAACCCGCGCUGGCGGGAGUAGCUACUGACUGCUGGGGACCCCUGCCCAGGCUGCUCCCAUGUGGAAAGGAUUCAGGGAGCAGGCGAUGCUUAGCCGAAAGCGUGGAGACCAGCGCUGCUCUCUCCCCAGCGACAGGUGCACACCCAGAUCACGGAUGUGUCGGGAACAGCUGUGCUCCUGCUCAGCGUCCGUCACUCCAGGCUGGGAGCGGGUCCCCAAGCUUCCAGCUGGGCCUAUCCGUCUCCACUCUCAGUGUGGGGGUGGGGGGCGCCAACAGCAUGCAUUUGCUCUACGCACUUCUCGUCUGAUAAUGGACUGAGGGUCCUUCUGCAGCCCCAAAACAUCCCUAGGCAGGAGCCCUGGGGCCCCAAGCAGCCAGGGAGGUGAGCACCAAGGACUUCCCAGAGAGCCUCAUCUCCCGCCGAGGGAGGCCCAGCCUGGAGGUGGUGUCUGAGACUUGGAAUCAAUACUUCCGUUGGUGGCAGUAAAUCCUGUCCCUAACCCUGCAGUAUAGAUGUGCCCUGUACAGGAGGGUGCUGUCUGACGCCAGACACCCGGACUACAAAUCGCAACCCCAUUCCUGGUCCUUGCUCCACUGAACCGCAGACCCCAUCCUCAUUCUGGGCCCUCAUCCCCUAGAUCCAGGGACCCCAGCCCCAUUUCAGCCCUUGGACCCUUGUAGGAUGUCAGGCCCUGGCUCCCCUGGGCCCCAGCCCCCAGCCCAUCCCUGACCCAGGCACUGGGGGGCCGAGCUCUUCUGAGAAGGGACACAGGGCCUGGGGGGCUCUCUCAGCCCAUCAGCAGGAGAGGAGGAGAGGACAGACUCCAGAAAAAUCAGCCUUUGUACCCACUCAGGCUGCCAAGACCUGUGUCUGUCCUUCCAAGCUCAACCUUCAGAGUUCAUGAGGCCUCUUGCCCAGAAUGUCCACAGAUUUCAUGAGGCCCCUUGCCCAGAAUGUCCACGUUUGAAACCUCCCAACACCAAGCCCCAUUUCAAGUAUAACCAGGAGGGAAAAUGGUGCUUGAAAUAAGCAUGCCGCAAAGGAACACCUGCUUUCUCUAAAUGGGCUCUGGCCGCCCAGGCCCUGACCUCCCUGGCCAGGAUGGAACGUUCCAGAGACCUAUUAGUGCCAAAGGCAAAUUAAAACACACCCUGUGAA